AUGUCAAGUGAUAGAUACGUGUUCUAUUAUUUAAUUGUGUAUUUAAUCUAUAAUAACCAUAGUGUUUCUCUAUAAUUUAAAUAAAUGGAGAGUUAAUUUUUCAAAUUAUUUUCAAUAUUCAAGAAACUAAAGAAAGCUCAGAAUUUAUAGUGACAACAGAGUAUAAUUGUAUUAUCUACAAUUCUUAUUCACCUGUUAAUCCCCUCUGAGUUAUAAUCUUUUUAAUUCAAGAUUAUAUCUAAUCACAAGUUAGAUAAGCUAUUGAGAGGCUAGGUGGGGUAGUAAUGAUUCAUUGACUUACUUUAUGUGACAUUAUUUUAAUUAAUUUUCUGUAUGAUGGCCAUUGUAAAUAUCCUUUUAAUCACCUUUAUCUUCAUAACUUGGUCAAGUAAUCUAUCAUUCUGUCUUGAUCAACCCAAAAAAGACCCAAAUCAUAUUCGUUGCACUAAUAAUUUCAAUUGUUCAGCUCAUGCCUAUUGUCACCAAAGUGGAAUAUGUCAAUGCAAAGAACACUAUAUUCCCGAUCGUGAGCCAAAUAUACCCGGAAAGAAAGCUUAUCAUACUGUGUGUCUUAGAGAAGCAUCAUUCAUUGGCGACCACUGUAAAAAGGAUAUUCAAUGUAAAUCGACAUUUGGUGUUCACUCUGAGUGUUAUUUUAGUGAUUCAAAUAGUCAGCUUGGUGGUUGCCAGUGCACAAAAGAAGCGCACUAUAAAAAUGGAAUGUGUCAUAAAACAUCUUUGAUAGGAGAUAGAUGUGAUGUAAAUGACAAUUGUUUUACAAAAUCGACGAAUAUACAAGCUUAUUGUGAUCUUGGUCGGUGUAUUUGCCCACCAAUGUACCACCCAACUGCUGAUGCAUAUGAUUGCCAGCCUAGUUCAGGACUAGGUGGUCCUUGUCUAGAUGAUACAGGAUGUACAGUUUUAAACUCAGGAUGUAGAUAUGGAUUUUGUAGAUGUAAACAAAAGUUUGUUACUGGGGAUAGGAAUGAUUCCUGUUUGAUAUUGGCAGAAAAACUGGAAGAUCCCUGUGUGGUGCAUGACCAAUGUUCAGUUGCUUUACAAAACGCAAGAUGUGAUGAAGAAAAAGGUAUUUGUGUUUGUGAAAAUGAUUCACACAAUGUAGAUGGCAAAUGCUGGAAAACAGUUCGUUUUCUUGAACCAUGCCGAUAUAAUUCUGAAUGUUUAAUUGAAAAAGGGUUCAAACAUGGCAUUACUUGUAAAGAAGGGUUAUGUCAGUGUAAAGAUGGAUUUGUUAUGGAGGAGCAAAGUUACUGUUUAAAAGUUAACAGUACUGAGACUAAUGCAGGGCAUGCAUUGUCACCCAAGGUUCAUCUCUAUGGAGGAUUACUCUUGAUGAUAAUAAUUAUUAGGUUUAAAUCAGUUUAAUAUUAUAGUAGACUUUAUUAUGAUAAGAAAAAAAUAUUUUUUAAUGUAUUUCAUUAAUUUUAUUAUUAUUUUUAUAUAUCAGUUUAGAUUGAUAUAUAUAUAUAUAUAUUUUAUUUAUUCCGAUUCUUCU